UAUAUUUUUUAUUAGAACAAAAACGGUGUUGACUUUCGGUACUUCUUUGGGUCUGGUUUUUACACAUUUGCAAAUACUUAGUCUCAAGUCCCCAGUCCCGGCUCCAGAAUGCCCGGUCAAGCCCCGGCGAGUCAUGCCAGAGACUAUAAAAGUGUGAAUCUAUCCUUUCUGCUUUAGAUUGAUAUAUUAGGUGGUUGUCUAGUUGAGCGAUUGUUGUGAUUGUACAACUUUCGUAGCUCAAAUGGGAGAUUUAAAUGCACCAGGACCCCCUUCGUAGGACCCUUGCUUGAUAGCAGUACCAAUAGGAACUGAAGAGGCUAUCCUGGGUAUAUAUUUUCAGUAAUAACAGUUAAAAGGUAAAACAUCAAAUUCAAAUCUUUACUUUUUUACUUUGAAUUGGCCUAGAGCAAAUUGUAUGAUUUACCCCCAUUAAAAGAUAGUUGGUAUGUGUUAAUACCAUUCUGUUCACACAAGGGUAAGUUGUGCUGGUUUUCAAGAAGGAUCGUACUUGUUAGUUCUAGCAAAACUAAACGGGAAAAUAAAAAUGCAGAAGCUGCAACGCUACAUACUAUGGAGAAACAUCACGCCACCUGAAUGUAAUUACUUUAAAAUUGAUUCCAUAGGAACCUGGUACUAGUUUGUUCAAAUCAAACUGAUUUGAUUAAAAAAAAUGGGGCCUUUGAAGUCACACUAUAUUAUACAUCGUGAUUAUAUCUGUGCAAUAUUUUGUACGAAAAUAUACAAUUUUGUACAAUUAAUUGUCUACAACAUAUUGUAGCAGUGGAAACUUCCUGUAUCUCAGGUAGAAGUAAUUACUCAAUAUGAAGAAAAUAUGUUAGGUAUUACCUCAAUCAGUUGGAAUUUUGGUUGCAAAGACAUUUGUCCUGUAGUUCUUAAUAAAUUUAAAAAAGUGUUGACUAUUAUAUAAAGAACAGUGCUGCGAAUGUCUGCUUUAGUUGCAGUCAAUACAUUUAGAAGCAUCGUAGAAUAUCACUGAAAAUGCAAAGAAAAAUGAUUCGAAUUCAACAUUUCACAAGGGAAUUGUUUGCAAAACAAAUCAAUUUAUCGAAAUGUGUGGAAAUGUCGACGGGUCAAACACAUGCUCGGCAUGGAUCCGGAUCAUAUUGGACUUCCUUGCAUCCAGCAGAAUAUGACAAACAGGCCAUUGCUGAAAAUAACUAUGACUCGAAUGGUUCUAUGCAAAGUAGAUUGAUAAAUAUGGGCAAAUUGGAUUGGGUUGUUGAAGUAAAGAUUCCCAUUAACGAUCCAUAUCUGCAGAAGAUAAAUAUCGAACAUCGAGAUAUUUAUAUUUACAAAAAGAAAAUGAAUUUAGGCGACUUCGAACACAAAAUUGACAAAUUUGAAAACUUCAAAUUUAUUGAAAAUGUCAGUGAUCUUGGUGAUUAUUUUUGUUACUUAGACGAAUAUUUUAACGAAAAAUAAGUCAAAUUUGUUCGAUAAAACAGCAACUUGUAGGUAUUUCGUUACGGAACGGAAUGUUUAAUAACAUGGAAAUAACUUUAGUGUCGUAAA